AUGGCUAACCAUGGCGCGCCUACAAGCCCAGAGAAAAUCGCCCUGGAGGCUUGGUCUCAAGGAUGUAUGAUUGGUGCGCUGAUUAUUAUGAUUGGGAUCACUCUUAUUAAUAUGCGACGUGGUGUUUUGCUGCAUAAACUUAUUUUAAUUGAGUUGCUUUUAGCUAUGCCGAAUGGCUUCUUUACAUUCUUUAGACCACCUAUCUGGGGUUGGUAUCUCUCUUCAACAGUCAUAUUUCUCAUCAUUUCUUGGAAUCUGCAUAAUGUCAUUUCAUGGAUCAAGAACAAACCCUUCCUUAGAAAACGAUAUAACGUCAUCUACAUCGGCACGAUUAUAUUGGUCCAGCCUUACUGGGUUCUUGAAAUUUACGCCAACUUUACUUACUUCAAUCAUCCUUACUCAAAUCUAUUUCGAACAACGAGACCUCUUGAAGCUCUUUGCCGUGAUCCAUGGUGGAUAUUUACCGCCCUCAAUUUGUUCUGGAACAUCAAGUACCGCUACGAGUUCAAAUACAUCGAACUUAUCCGCAUUUCACCUCGCUUCGGCCUCCUCCUUCUAAGUAUGACGAUCAGCAUCAUCUUCAUAAUUAUCGAUCUCCUCGCCGUCACACCAGUCCUUCCGAUCGGAUACAUCAACCCGUUCUGGAAAUUCUCCUUCAUCUUUAAAUGCUUCACAGAUACUAUCGUCCUGGACGACUUCAAAACCGCUCUCGAUAAGCUCAGUCGGUACAAGAUGGAGCAGAACUAUCCACUGCCGUUUAGCAGACCUGGGAGUCAGACAGAUAUCCAGCCCAGAUCGAGUCUGGUUGACUUUGAUGUUAUUUGCCCUGUGGAGAGUUCGGCUUUGGCCACAGUGGAACAUUUGGAGAGGGCAGAUGGGGACUCUAUUUCUAGCCCACCGAGGGCUGUGAGGGCUUCACAGACAGGAUUAGGGGGUAGACCAUAUUGA